UUUACACGCGGACUUCCUCUCGCUCUUACUAUGUCGAUGGUCGCAACAGUUACCGUUAUAGAUUGUAGUACUGUACUUGAGAUAAGACCCCACCCACCCGUUAGAGGAUAUUGAGCCAAAUGAGAUGCACCAAAAGAGAGUUGAAAUUACAAAAAAAAAAACAACAAAACAAUGGCGAAUGAUCCCCGGAUAUUUAGUAGACCUAUUUUUAAACAAUUCUUUUUUUUUCCCUUUUUGAAUUCCGAAUGUACGCUGUUAACGAAAGGAAGCUCAUGCGCAUAAGCGCUUGGCGUCACAUUCUGUUCCCCCGUUUUUUUUUUUUCUGUCUCUCUCUCAAAGAGAGUCGAGUGGGGUCUGGAGAAAAGGGGGGAGUUGGUGUGUAGUAGUAGGAGGAGGGAAAUGCGGUGUAAAACGCGCAGACGCCGUGGUUCGUUUCAUGGCCGCCGUCGUCGUCGUUCAUCGCCGUCGCCCGUCAGCCGUACGUUCACAUCUCCGCGGAUCUCCACCCAUUCGACCACUCGCCGUCCGGCGGAUCCUUUUUUUUCUUUUCGGGAUUGUCAUGCCGACAUCUUAAGUCUAAAUAGACUGACAAACCGACUAACCAUUUCAUUAUGGCAUCAACGAAACGGUUGCGUAACCGCACAGUGCAACAACAGAAGAGGCCAAAUCCGUCAGAAGAAGACGUUGCGAAAGAGGAAGAAGACGAGUCCGUCACUGGCGAGGAAGAUGAAGAAGACGACGAAGAAAAUGAGGAAGACGAAGAUGAAGAAGACAUGGCGUCCAGUGAGGAAGAACUGGACGACGAGACAACGGCCGGGACGAAAAAAAGUGGCAAAAAGAAACACGUUUGCCCCACGUGCCACAAAAGUUUUGGUGCUAAAUCCGACCUGCAAAAACACAUCCGCAUCCAUACUGGCGAACGACCGUUCAAAUGUGACGUAUGUCAACAAGCGUUUACUCAGGUGGGCACUUUCAAGGCCCAUUUGGCUCGUCACACGGGUCUCAAACCUUUUUGUUGCGAAAUUUGUGGCAAGGCUUUCCCUGUCAAACAGCGUCUCAUUGUUCACCUUCGCGUCCAUUCCGGCGAGAAACCCUACGCCUGCAGCCACUGCGGGAAAAAGUUCGCGCGUGGCGGCCAACUGUUGCAGCACGAGCGGACUCACACCGGCGAAAGGCCGUAUCAGUGCUACCAGUGCGAUCAACGUUUCACCUGCUCUACCAACCUCAAAAUGCAUUUGAGACGGCACACGGGCGAAAGGAAUUACCCGUGUCCAGUUUGCGGCAAAGCUUUUGCCCGUUCCGAUGGUUUGCGUAAACACCUGAGCUGCUACCACGGCGGCAUGAAGCCCUUCCAAUGCCCCGUUUGCCAGCGAUCCUUCAAGGGACAUUUCCUUCAGCAUUUGCGUACUCACACGGACGAAAAGCCGUUCAGUUGCGAAACGUGCGGUCACAGUUUUGCACAGCGAUCCCAGCUCAAAGUCCACAUGCGAACGCACACUGGAGAGCGACCGUACAAGUGUAAAAUAUGCAAACAAGCAUUUUCGCACUCGACGGCCCUCAAGUUGCACAUUCGGCUGCACACGGGCGAAAAGCCUUUCCAGUGUCAGCUCUGCUCUUCCUCUUUCCUCCAACUGCCGCACCUCAAGAAACACAUGCGUUGCAUCCACAAGCAAGAUCGUCCGUACGUUUGUCUGCCGUGCAAUCAAUUCUUCCAGACGAAAAACGAGCUGACGGUGCACACGGCCUCACACAAUGCCAAACCGAAUCAGGAAGAUCAAGACGAUCAGGAAGAGGUGGACAACGACGACGACGACGACGCUAUCUCUGUCAACAACGAGCCAGUCAACGAGCAACCAGCCAACAAUAAGACGCAAUUGGUUGAAUUGCCCAAUGGCACCAAAAUUGAAUUGCAAAAUGUUCAAAACGGCCAGUUGAUGUCGCUCGAACGGAUGCGCAUGUUGUUGGCUAUUCUUCUCAAACGCAUUUCGACGCCCAAUCGAUUGCGACGUCUUGGCUAUGGUUCCAAAUUAAUCGACAUUGUCCUGGUGAAAUCGAUCGAAAGUUCGGGGCGCAAACCUGUCGACACUAACGCGGGAUCGGCAUCAGAACUAGACACGAGGUCCUUGCUUAAGGGAAACAUCGAAAUCCUUCUUGACUGGACUAUACCACGUGAAUAUAUGGAUCAUUUUCGAAAAGAAAAUAAGACGGUCGAAGAAAUUCUUGAAGAACUCACGUCGUAGAGAAAUCAAUAUCCCCCUCAAUUGAUUCUUUGAUUUUUAUUGGUUAUUUAAUCAUCUGUUGUGUUGCGUGUUAAAUUUUCUUUUAUCUACUGUCUAAAGCAGACAUUUCCAUAAUCAUUAAGUAUCGUAUCCAUUGAACACAUGUGCUAGUUGUCGAAUAUGAGAAACGUGUGUGCUGCUGCAACGCCAUAUCAGAUCAUUACAUGUGCCAUUGUGUUUAUUUGAGUUAUCUGUGCCAAUACCAAACUGCUCGCUAUCCGCCAUUCAUAUCUUGUAUUUAUGUGAUUUAAUUGUCUUUGUUGUUCGGUGAGUAAAUACAGUCAUCUUGUCCA